AAACCUCACGGCAAAACUAUGGUUCUCCAUCAUAAACAGUUUGAGCAGGCAGGCAAGGCUGGGGGUCUCCAGAUUUGGAGGAUCGAGAAAAUGGAGCUGGUCCCGGUACCUGAGAACCUACAUGGGAACUUCUACGUGGGGGAUGCUUACCUGGUUCUCCGCACUGUUAAGCAAAAGGACCAUUUUUACUACGACCUGCAUUACUGGCUGGGCAAGGAAUGUACACAGGACGAGAGCACGGCUGCAGCUAUCUUCACGGUUCAGCUGGAUGACUAUUUGGGAGGAAAACCCGUCCAGUUCCGGGAACUGCAGGGCUUUGAGUCCACCACCUUCACCAGUUACUUCAAAGGAGGAAUCACAUACCAAUCAGGGGGCGUGGCAUCAGGAUUCCAUCACGUGGUCACCAAUGACCUCACAGCCCGAAGACUUUUCCACAUCAAAGGUCGACGUGUCGUCAGGGCAACAGAGGUGCCACUGGACUGGUCCAGCUUCAACAAGGGCGACUGUUUCAUUGUGGACCUGGGCGCAGUCAUCUACCAAUGGUGUGGCUCCAAGUGCAACAAGUUUGAAAGGCUGAAGGCCGCUCAGGUGGCAACAGGUAUCCGUGACAACGAGAGAAAUGGCAGGGCUCAGGUGGUUGUUGUGGAGGAAGGGAGUGAACCAUCAACCAUGACAGAGGUUCUUGGAGACAAACCAGACCUGCCAGAAGGUGAUGACAAUGAUGAUGCAGUGGCAGAUAUGUCAAACAGGAAAAUGGCCAAACUUUACAUGGUGUCUGAUGUUACUGGUGAAAUGCAGGUAACUCUGGUGUCUGAAGAGAAUCCCUUUUCUCAAAGCCAGCUGCUCUCAGAUGAAUGUUUCAUCCUGGACCACGGCAAAAACAAGAUGAUCUUUGUCUGGAAAGGCCGCAAUGCAAAUCCCAACGAGAGGAAGGAAGCCAUGAAGACAGCAGAGAGUUUCAUAAAGCAGAUGGGCUAUGCGCCAAACACUCAGGUCCAGGUUCUUCCAGAGGGUGGAGAGACACCAAUCUUUAAACAGUUCUUCCAGAACUGGAAGGAUGUGGACCAGAGCGAGGGCCUUGGCAGGGUCUACGUCACAGAGAGGAUCGCCAAAAUCCAGCAGGUCCCCUUUGAUGCCACCAAACUGCAUGAGUCUCAGCACAUGGCUGCCCAAUAUAACAUGGUGGACAAUGGUUCUGGGGACACACAGAUUUGGAGAGUGGAGUGUGGUGCUAAAGGAGAAACCAAAGUCCCAGUAGACCCUAACACAUACGGCCAGUUCUACGGUGGAGAUUGCUAUAUCAUUUUAUACACAUAUUUAAAAGGACAAAUCAUUUACACUUGGCAGGGUUCCAGCAGCACUUUAGAUGAAGUGACAGCUUCAGCCUUUCUCACGGUGGAACUGGAUCGCUCUCUCAAUGGAAAAGCUGUUCAGGUGAGAGUAACCCAGGGUAAGGAACCUGCUCAUUUGCUGAGUCUCUUCAAAGACAAACCUCUGAUUAUUUAUAAAAAUGGGACAUCCAGGAAAGAUGGGCAGGCUCCCCCACCCUCUACACGCCUCUUCCAAGUGCGUAGGAACUUGGACACCAUCACACGCAUCGCUGAGGUUGACACCAAAGCUUCCUGCUUGAACUCUAAUGAUGCCUACCUGCUGAAGCUGCCCCAUGGGGGUGGAUAUUUGUGGGUGGGGAAAGGUGCCAGUGAGGAAGAGGAGAAAGGAGCAAAGUACAUGAGUGAGGUUCUGAAUUGUGAAGCCAAACGUAUCGUGGAGGGACAAGAACCAGCUGAUUUUUGGGCAGCACUGGGUGGAAAGACAGACUACCAGACAUCAGAUUCUCUGGAGUGUAAAAGCAUUGCUCAUCCUCCUAGACUAUUUGCAUGUUCCAACAAAACAGGCAGGUUUAUUAUUGAAGAGGUGCCAGGAGAGUUCAACCAGGAUGACUUGGCAGAAGAUGAUGUCAUGCUCUUAGAUGUCUGGGAUCAGGUGUUUAUCUGGGUUGGCAAAGAUGCAAACGAGGUGGAGAGAACUGAGUCAGUUAAAUCUGCUAAGACGUACAUAGAAACGGAUCCGUCUGGACGGGACAAGGGGACGCCAGUAGUGAUCGUCAAGCAGGGGCAUGAACCACCCACCUUUACAGGAUGGUUCCUGGGUUGGGACGCCUCCCGCUGGGAUACUGAUGCCGUGGCCGGGACUAUGAAGUCGCUGACCGUUGUCUAA